CAAUGGAGGCUGCACGCACCUGUGUCUGCCAAGUGGCCAGAACUACACCUGUGCCUGCCCUACUGGCUUCCGCAAGAUCAGCAGCCAUGCCUGUGCCCAGAGAUGGACAUCCGUCGGAUCAGCUUCGACACAGAGGACCUGUCCGACGAUGUCAUCCCACUGGCUGACGUACGCAGUGCUGUGGCCCUUGACUGGGACUCCCGGGAUGACCACGUGUACUGGACAGAUGUCAGCACUGAUACCAUCAGCAGGGCCAAGUGGGAUGGAACAGGACAGGAGGUGGUGGUGGACACCAGUUUGGAGAGCCCUGCCGGCCUGGCGAUCGAUUGGGUCACCAACAAGCUCUAUUGGACAGAUGCAGGUACAGACCGUAUUGAAGUGGCUAACACGGAUGGCAGUAUGAGGACAGUACUCAUCUGGGAGAACCUUGAUCGUCCUCGAGACAUUGUGGUGGAACCCAUGGGCGGGUACAUGUAUUGGACUGACUGGGGUGCAAGUCCCAAGAUUGAGCGAGCUGGUAUGGAUGCCUCCAACCGUCAAGUUAUUAUCUCUUCUAAUCUGACGUGGCCUAAUGGAUUAGCUAUCGACUAUGGGUCCCAGCGGCUGUACUGGGCUGAUGCUGGCAUGAAGACCAUUGAAUUUGCUGGACUGGACGGCAGCAAGAGGAAGGUGCUGAUUGGAAGCCAGCUCCCCCACCCUUUUGGGUUGACCUUGUACGGAGAACGCAUCUACUGGACCGACUGGCAGACCAAGAGUAUCCAGAGUGCUGACCGGCUCACUGGGCUGGACCGGGAGACCCUACAGGAGAAUCUAGAGAAUCUCAUGGACAUCCAUGUCUUCCACCGCCGGCGGCCCCCCGUGUCCACACCAUGCGCCGUGGAGAAUGGCGGUUGCAGCCACUUGUGUCUUCGGUCCCCAAAUCCAAGCGGCUUUAGCUGUACCUGCCCCACAGGCAUCAACCUGCUGUCUAAUGGCAAGACCUGUUCCCCAGGCAUGAAUAGUUUCCUCAUCUUCGCCAGGAGGAUAGACGUCCGCAUGGUCUCCCUGGACAUCCCUUAUUUUGCUGAUGUGGUAGUACCAAUCAACAUGACCAUGAAGAACACCAUUGCCAUCGGGGUGGACCCUCGGGAAGGAAAAGUGUAUUGGUCUGACAGCACGCUGCAUAGGAUCAGCCGUGCCAGUCUGGAUGGCUCACAGCAUGAGGACAUCAUCACCACAGGGCUGCAGACCACAGAUGGGCUUGCAGUGGAUGCCAUUGGCAAGAAAGUGUACUGGACGGACACUGGAACGAACCGGAUUGAAGUGGGCAACCUGGAUGGGUCCAUGCGGAAGGUGUUGGUGUGGCAGAACCUUGAUAGUCCCCGGGCCAUUGUACUGUACCAUGAGAUAGGGUUUAUGUACUGGACAGACUGGGGAGAGAAUGCCAAGUUGGAGAGGUCUGGAAUGGAUGGUUCAGAUCGUACUGUGCUCAUCAACAACAACCUAGGGUGGCCCAAUGGACUGACUGUGGACAAAGCCAGCUCCCAACUGCUAUGGGCUGAUGCCCAUACCGAGAGAAUUGAGGCUGCUGACCUGAAUGGAGCCAAUCGACACACACUGGUAUCACCAGUGCAGCACCCAUAUGGCCUCACUCUGCUGGACUCCUAUAUCUACUGGACAGAUUGGCAGACACGUAGCAUCCACCGCGCUGACAAGGAUACCGGCAGCAAUGUCAUCCUGGUGAGGUCCAACCUGCCAGGCCUUAUGGACAUCCAGGCUGUAGACCGGGCACAGCCUCUGGGUUUUAAUAAAUGUGGCUCAAGAAAUGGUGGCUGCUCCCACCUGUGCUUGCCUAGGCCUUCUGGCUUCGCCUGUGCCUGCCCCACUGGAAUCCAGCUGAAAGGGGAUGGAAAGACUUGUGACCCCUCUCCGGAAAUCUACCUGCUCUUCUCCAGCCGAGGCUCCAUUCGGCGAAUCUCACUAGACACCAGCGACCACACGGAUGUGCACGUUCCUGUCCCCGAGCUCAACAAUGUCAUCUCCCUAGACUAUGACAGUGUGGAUGGAAAGGUCUACUACACAGAUGUGUUCCUAGAUGUUAUCAGGCGAGCAAACCUCAAUGGCAGCAACAUGGAGACAGUCAUCGGGCGUGGGCUGAAGACCACUGAUGGGCUAGCAGUGGACUGGGUGGCCAGGAACCUGUAUUGGACAGAUACAGGCCGGAACACCAUCGAGGCAUCGCGGCUGGACGGUUCCUGCCGCAAAGUGCUGAUCAACAACAGUCUGGAUGAGCCUCGGGCCAUUGCUGUUUUCCCUAGGAAGGGGUACCUCUUCUGGACAGACUGGGGCCACAUUGCCAAGAUUGAACGGGCAAACUUGGAUGGUUCUGAGCGGAAGGUCCUCAUCAACACAGACCUGGGCUGGCCUAAUGGUCUUACCUUGGACUAUGACACCCGCAGAAUCUACUGGGUAGAUGCACAUCUGGACCGCAUAGAGAGUGCUGACCUCAAUGGGAAGCUGCGGCAGGUCUUGGUCAGCCACGUAUCGCACCCCUUUGCCCUCACACAGCAGGACAGGUGGAUUUACUGGACAGACUGGCAGACCAAAUCCAUCCAGCGUGUUGACAAGUACUCGGGCCGCAACAAGGAGACAGUAUUGGCCAAUGUGGAAGGACUAAUGGACAUCAUUGUGGUGUCUCCCCAGCGGCAGACAGGGACCAAUGCCUGUGGUGUGAACAAUGGUGGCUGUACCCACCUCUGCUUUGCCAGAGCCUCAGACUUUGUGUGUGCCUGUCCUGAUGAGCCUGAUAGCCGGCCCUGCUCCCUGGUGCCUGGCCUCGUGCCCUCAGCUCCCAAGGCUACCAGCAUGAGUGAAAAGAGCCCAGUGCUUCCCAACACCUUGCCCACCACCUUGCGUUCUUCUACCACUAGGACCCGUACAUCUCUAGAGGGGGCAGAAGGCAGAUGCUCCGAAAGGGACGCUCAACUGGGUCUCUGCGCACGCUCCAAUGAAGCCGUACCUGCUGCUCCAGGCGAAGGACUGCACAUCAGCUAUGCCAUUGGUGGAUUCCUCAGUAUUCUGCUGCUUUUGUUGGUGAUUGGAGCUCUGGUGCUGUACAGACAUAGAAAGUCCAAAUUCACGGAUCCUGGAAUGGGAAACCUGACCUACAGCAAUCCCUCCUACCGAACUUCCACUCAGGAAGUGAAAAUUGAAGCAGUCCCCAAACCAGCUAUGUAUAAUCAACUGUGCUAUAAGAAAGAGGGUGGGCCUGACCAUAACUACACCAAGGAGAAGAUCAAGAUUGUAGAGGGAAUCUGCCUCCUCUCUGGGGACGAUGCUGAGUGGGAUGACCUCAAGCAACUGCGCAGCUCCCGGGGAGGCCUCCUUCGUGACCAUGUAUGCAUGAAGACAGACACAGUGUCCAUCCAGGCCAGCUCCGGCUCCCUGGAUGACACGGAGACAGAGCAGCUGUUGCAAGAAGAGCAGUCUGAGUGUAGCAGCGUCCACACUACAGCCACGCCAGAAAGACGAGGCUCUCUGCCGGACACGGGCUGGAAACAUGAACGUAAGCUCUCCUCAGAGAGCCAGGUCUGAAUGUCUGAAUGCCCACAUUCUCUUGCCUGCCUGCCUAUUCCUUCUCCUCUAUGGACUUCCAGUCCUUAUAUUCACUUAACAGCAGGCCCCCUUUUCAUGUGCUCAUCCUCCUCCUCAUACUCCAGAACUGCUCCCAAGCCUCCUACAGGACCUGCUACCCAACUGAGUCCAUAACUACCUGAGCACAAGAAGUGAGGACACAUUUCAAGAAUUUAGACCUGGAUUUUUACCAUGGACUUCACCUCUUGCAUUCUGCCACAGGGCCCCUAGAGCUGGGCCCAAUGUGAUUCUUUGUCACCUUAGAGGUGCACCACCCUUCCUCCUGAUACCCUCAGUGCCUGCACCACAGUACCAAGGCAGUUGAUGAUACAAGACUUCACUCUCCCCAUGACAGAUGGCAUUACGGCACUUCUGAGAACUUGCCUACCUGGACUAGGAACAGGGGGUCAUAGGUGAAGAGAAGGGUAAUACUCAGAGGCUGAGAGAAUAAGAGUCAGCCCAGCGGGUCUGGGCAUCUAGGAACCCUCCAGUCUAUGUGUUAGUAAUAUGAAAAACCUUUUGUGGGUAUUUGGGCCUGGGUGUCCUGUCCAUUGCUGGCAGUGGACAUUCCUUUCACCUAGGAGUCACUGCUUGGUUAGAUGUGAUACAGGUAAAAUGUGGGUGUGGCUUAAGCUAUUUUUCCUCUUGCUGGAACGUGUGGGGCCAAUUAUACCUUGGAUGGCUGGAGAGCCCCAUCACCUGGCAACUCACUAAUGUGAAUUGCCUUCUAGGGCCAAUGCUGGCCAGUAAGUCUUUAACCAUGCUGUGAGCUUGAGUAGAUGCUAGGCCCUAGAGAUGGAGCCGUUAAGGUGUUUGAGAAGCUCUAACUAGAGACCAAACCUAGCAUUCCACCUCAACUUCAAUAUUCUGCCAUCUUUCCCCCAGUCUCUGGGAUUCUAAAGGAAGAUACUCUGUAACAGUCUUUCAGAGGAUGACCAGACGUUUUCAUAAAUGGUCAGUUAGAGAAACAAGACACUCGGGGGCUCAUGAGGUUGAAUCUUCUGUGCACAUUCUCGUGCUCAGGGGUCUGAGUUCAUGGACAGGGCCUGUGGCUCUGAGGUGGUGAAACUCCUAGCCAGCUCAUCUCAGCUAAGUCAUUUGCUGUCCACACUGAGAUGCAACCACUUGGUUUAUGCUUUUAUGUGAAAGGUAAACAUCUUGAGCUUUCCUCAGGAGAGUUGAGACUUUUUUGCUGUUCUAAAUUUUUUUCUUAGUUUUUCACUUUUGGGGGUUCUUGAUUUGUUGAGAUGGACCCUAGCCUAGGCACCAUCAGUCUUCAAAAUCCUAUGGCAAGGAGGGCUAAAUGAAGAUGCAGAAGGAAGUGUGAGAAGGAGAAAGGUAGCAAGAGCCACAACAAAUACUCCCAGUUCAAGAAUGAUCCAGACACUUCUCCCCAGGAACGAGAAGCGGCAGGGGAGAAUAACUGGGGCUGAAAAUGAGGGAAGGGUUUUUAGGGCAUGUUUCCCUGACUCAAAGCAUCUCAUGGUUAUUGGUAUUCAGGGAUCAGCAGCCAAUUGUGUGAGUGAAAAAAAAGGACAAGAUAAAAUCUUCUCCGGUUAGUUUCAAAACUGGUAGAGGCAGAUGGCAAGCCCUUGGUCCUGCUCUCAUUAGCCCCAGAUAGAAGUCUGUGCAGAGAUCCAGGCCAGGCAAAAAGAAACGGCUUUUCUAGUACACCAGGUGGGAAAGGUGGGGUGCCACUUCCAAGAGGAAAUGAGGACAUUUCACACUUAAUGAGACAGCAAAAAAUAAACGGAGCAUUUAAGUCUUUAAAUCCAUAGUUGGGGGAGGAGGAGAAUGAGGAGUAGCAUUUUAAUUGGAAAGGGGGAAGGGUUUAUUGCACAUGGGCUGUUGAGAAUGUAGAAAGGACAUAUUUGAGGAAAUAUCUAUUUGAGCACUGAUUUACUCUGUAAAAAGGCAAAGUCUCUCUGUCCUAAACUAAUGGAAGUAAUUUCCCCACACUCAUGUGUAAUGGUUUUAACGUUACUUACUGGAGAGAUUGAACUUUCUGGAGUUAUUUAACCACUAUGUUCAGUAUUUUAGGAUUUUAUGAUAAUUUAAUAUAAAUUUAGCUUUUGUCAAUUA